UAUUCACAACCUCUUAAUUACUGGUUUGCAGCCUCAUAAUUAGUAUAAGGAAAGAAAGAUGUUUGGUUUUACGAAUAACCCUUUUUUUGGGCAGUCAUCUAGUAGUCCAUUUGGGUCCCACUCGAGCAAUGCUACAGCCAAUAAUGGUUUUGGUGGUCAAACAGGCAGUUCCACCAUAUUCGGUGGUAAUUCAUCAACUGGUGUUUUUGGUGUAGCCCAAUCUUCAUCUUCUUCUUCUUCACCAGCUUUUGGAGCCCAUGAGUCCACAACACCAACAACAACAACAACAUUUGGUUGUUCUGGUGGUGGCCAACGUGGUGGGGGAAGCCGAAUGACAUGUUAUGCACCAACAACACCUGAACCAGAUAAUGGUGGAGCAGUAGCACUAGGAAUGUUAGUGUCAAUAUCAGCCAUGCCUGUUUAUAAACAUAAAAGCCAUGAGGAGCUGAGAUGGGACGACUAUCAGUUGGGAGAUAAAGGUGGAGCAGUACCAGUAGUAGAAAAGUUAGAGUCAAUAUCAGCCAUGCCUUUUCAUAAAGAUAAAAGCCACGAGGAGCUGCGAUGGGAUAACUAUCAGUCGCGAGAUAAAGGUGCUGAUACUUCGUCUUCUCGGAUAAACUUUCCUUCACCAACAUUAACAUUGGGUCAAACAUCAACUCCAUCUCUGUUUCCCAAUUUAAAUGCUCCAAAGCAGCAGUCUCCAGCCAAACCCAACACCAGUUGCAACAAAUCCAUUUGGCACACUACCAGCAAUGCCUCAAAUGUCAAUUAAUGAUCAUGGAGUUCAAUAUGGAAUAUCUAGCAUGCCUGUAUUAGACAAACCUGCUGUUGCAGCUCCUGCUAGAAUAUCAUCAUCAUUAACUUCUCAACUACACUUAUCACAAAGGCGGACCAGGUGGAUGCCUGCAACCAAAUAUCAUCCUAAGAAUGAUGGUCGUCCAAAGUUUCCAUUUUUCAGUGUUAUUGUUGAUGAAGAAACAGACUACAUACCAAAAGAACUUGUCAUUUGUCCUAGGGAUAACCCAAGAGCAUUUAUCACUUGUCAGUUGAAUUCUACUUUUGACAAGGCAUCCCCGAUAAAGGAUGCUACUUGUACACCAAUGGAGGAGAAUGGAAAUAGUUUUGAAGCUGCUGCUGCUAUUGUGGUGUAUGAGCAUGGUGCUGCAGAUAUUGAUGCAUUAAUGCCAAAGCUGCGACCAGGCUCUGACUACUAUACGGAGCCAGGAAUCCAAGAAUUGGCAACCAAGGAAACCAGCGGCAGAGGAUUCUGCUGUCACGUCAAGGAUUUUGUGAUCGGACGACAUGGUUAUGGUAGCAUCAAAUUCUUGGGUGAGACAGAUGUGAGAAGGCUUGAUAUGGAGUCGCUAGUUCGGUUCAACAACCGGGAGGUGAUUGUUUACAUG